CGUUAAGUGGCGUUAUUUGAAUAGGAUACGGGUCGGGCCGAGAGUCAAACUUAAUGCGGUUCCAAUUAUCUGCUGACAGAGCUAAAUUCUAGAUUACCAAUGAAUUCAUCAUCACCUCUAAGAUCUUCGCCAAAGCUUCUCUGCACAGACCUGGAAAACGCCACAAUUCAGAAGCAAAGGAACGAAUUGCAGUUAUUAAUUGCAGAGCUGAAGGACAGAGACAAAGAGCUCAAUGAUAUGGUAUCAGUGCAUCGGAGUCAGCUACUUGCUUGGGAAAAUGACCGUCAGAACAUUCUCAAAUUGGAACAAAAAUGUAGCAGGCUUGAAAAUGAGCUUCAGAAAAGGAAUGAAAUUAUCAGAUCCCUCACCAAACGGAUAAAGCUGAUGGAAAAUCAACAGCAGGACCGGAGGACGAAUCUGGAGAGUACUCAACAGCAACUCCAGGAACUGUCUUUCAAAGCUGCCAGUGAGUGCCAGGAUUUAGAGGAAAAAAAUCAGUGUCUGAAUGAUUCUGUUGUGGAACUUUCAUCUCGCAUUGGACGAUUACAGGCCAGAGAAGAGGAGCUAACUACUCUUCUAAAACUCAAGGAUAAGGACAUUAUUGAAGCUACCAAUCACAUUAAAGAGUUUACAUCACGGUUUAAAGAUUUGGAAGCAUCACUGCGAGAGACCAGGAAUGGGGAAGCAUCUGCUAUCAAGGAAGCGGAAGAGCUAAAGCCUAGGUUGAAAGGACUGAAGAGAGAAAUUGACAAAUUGAAGGAUAUUCUGAGCCAAAGGACUGUAGAAAAUAAUGAACAGAGGGAGGUAAUCAUUCGACUUAAGCAGGAGAUCACCUACUGGCAAGCCGAGCAGGCUUUUACAGCUGAGAGGGAGAAGCGGAAAGAUCAACUCAUUCUGUUGGCAAAAUCAAAACAAGAUAGAUCAGAUGCUGAACUUCAAAACCUGCGACAGGUUUAUAUGAAACAGCACAAUGACCUACAGUUUCUCCACCUGACUUUGGAGAGCUCCCAGAAUUUAAUGCAGAAUCUAGGACAGAAAGCUGAUACAAGUGAUGGCUCAUUAGAUCUCAAUUCCUCGUCUCUGAGGACUCCUGAGGUAGAUGGGAACGUAUUAAAUGCUCAGAACCUUCACGACAAUCUUCUUUCCGAACUGAAGCUUCCAUUAACGCAAUCAACACUCAAAGACUCAGUAUUUCACAGAAGCCAAAAGUCCUCUUCCCCGACACUACACCGUUUACUAGCAGAAUCUCGUCAGAUGGUUGCUGAUCUUGAGCUUAGCAUGGUGCUGCCAGCCCCUUAUAACAGCCCCAGAAAUCACAAUGAGCAGGUCCAGCCCACAAUAGAGACUUCACAGGAAACGCAUCAGCUAAAACUAAACAGAAAUGAAAAUACAAGUGGAUUUUCUUGACAGAUUGUGGGCUGCUACAUUUAUAUGUGAUGAUAUUGUGGCACUGGGCGCUGGGCUGUCCACUUGCAGACAGAUAUUUUGAGGAAUCCAAUUCUGCAGGACUUAGUACAAGGCUUGUUCUAACAGACGGACUUGUUCCAGCAGAUAGACUAACUUUACUAUGUGUUGCACUCCAGAUAUACUUUUUAAAGUUUAACAAUUCUGAUUUAGUUUUUGUUGUUGUUUGUUAUUUUUAACUUUCAAACACCCUACCACACUAAAUUUACAAGAGACUGCUGUUUUAAAAU